AUGGCGAAUCAGGUACUAUAUAUACUUUCCUUUUUGCUCUUUGCUCAGGUGUAUGUUGGCAUCAUGAUAAUACUGAUUAUAUACAACUGUUGGUUCCUUUACCUCCCUUAUUUGACUUGGCUCUACUUUGAUUGGCGGCCUCCCGAGCAAGGAGACAGGAGAUCCAACUGGAUCAGAAGCUGGACUUUAUGGAAAUACUUUAAGGACUAUUUUCCAAUUCAUCUCAUCAAAACUCAUGAUUUAGAUCCAUGUCACAACUAUAUAUAUGGGGCUCACCCCCAUGGAAUACUUGUGUUGGAGACUGGAAAUUUUUGUACAAAUUACUCGGGCUUCAAAGAGCUGUUUCCUGGCUUAAUUUCCUAUCUUCAUGUGAUUUCAUCUUGGUUUCGGUGCCCUCUCUUUCAGGAAUAUCUGAUGAGCUUUGGGAAGUACUGGCAGGCCACUGUUUCUAGGUGCGCUAGGGUGGCGGGAGCCCACAGAAAGUCCAUGUGGGUUACUUGUCGUUUGAUUGGCCGCCCAAUCCCUGAUCACCAGACCCUGCACCCAACCCAGGAGCAGACUGAGGAGCUGCACCAGAUCUACAUGCAGGAGCUGAGGAUAUUAUUUGAGGAGCACAAAGGGAAGUAUGGCAUUGUGGAGCAUGGCACUCUCAUUUUUAGAUGACUUUAGUCUCCCAGGGCAUUAAAGAGAAGAAGAAAGAAUCCCUUUGAGAGAAUAAAUCCUCUAAAAGCCAAUUAUUUUUUUCCUUUGGAUUCUGAAUCAAAUUUGUGACUGAAAAGUAUUAUUUACGGUUGCAGAUGUUGAUUUUUACCUCUAGUAAAUAAAAACGCAGUAGAUGACUACUGCAAAAGAUUGGAGAUGACUAUAAGGCUUUUAAUAAUUUUCCUCAUUUUAUAGGUUAUGGAGGGGUACAGAAUUAUUCAUGUGUUCCCCCUCCAAAUAGAAAAUGGACAGCUUCAAAAAGCCCAUUUUGCUAAACAUCACCAUAAUGUGACAUGUUGUUUUCACUAAGUGGGACAGCUGUUGUGCAGCACAGCUGGAACAUGUAGGAGACAGUGUAUAAAAUAAUUUGCUUUACUGAGAGCUAGAAGAGGUUUUUUUUCUUAAUGAAUAAUGUCAUGUUUAAUACUUAGAUAAUUUGAUCCUUUAUGUGUUAUGUCAACAAUUUUAUGCAGCAGCACAGCAUUUUUAUGCCAGUUUGGAAACAGGAUGGAUUUGUCACAUGGAAACCUGUGUGGGUAAGAGCCCACCUCAUUUCUGCCCCUGCUCAGCAGCGUGUGCAUUUGCUACAGACUUGCAGGUCUGUUGAUGAAACAUGAUUUCGCACAUGUUUAGGAUACUGAAAAUUCCCAAAACUUCUUACGAUAGCAGAUUUACUUUUACUUUUCUUCCCAAAUGGUCUUUUCACUGUACACCAAGCUCUGAAAGAAAGCACCCUUCCUGGUGAGAGGUGUCCACUUCACAGCAAUCUGAGGUUGAGUCUUCUCCGAACCAGAGCAGGGAGUUUGUCUUUCCUGCUUCCUGGUGUCUCCUGAAUGCCUGGUUACGGCACCAAGUUGGCACAGAAUAAGCACUUCUUUAAUGAGUGUAUUAGUAGUUCAACACUUUGCCAUGGUAUGAAGAUUUUUAAAGCUAUUCCAUAGAAUGAAGCAUGUAUUAAGACCCACUGUUAUGUUUAGCCCUAAAAUGGCCCCAAGAGUCUCAUGUGCUUGGAAGGUGAUUAGAUAACAGGGGCGCUAUACACAAGUCCAGUAGCCAUGCUGGUAGGAGGCCUGGUUAGAGGUAGUCACUAGGAGAGUGACCUUGAAGGGUAUAUUCUUGUCCCUGGUCCCUGUCAUCCCUUUCUUUGCUUCCUGGCUGUUGUGGCAUGGAGACCCUAAGAUCUAGAGAUUAUUCUAUUCUCUGCCAGAUGUACUGAAAAAUAACAUGUCAUAUAUGCCAUGCCCCUCUGUCUUCCUGUUUCUGCCAUAAAGUCAGCUUACC